AUGAUUGCCAGAAUCGACUAUUUAGAAGACACAGAAUCUGCCGCAGCCCCACCCAUCAUCGACCUCGCAGCACUCAACAGCAAAGACGCCGCAGCCCAUCAGAACCUGGUCGACCAGAUACGAAAAGCCUGCUUGGCGAAAGGCUUUUUCCAAGUCACCAACCACGGCAUCGCCCAAGAACUCCAAGAUGCCGUCUUCCAACAGUCAAAGGAAUUCUUCAACCUCACAGAGUCGACAAAGUCAAAGUACUCCCAAGCCAACCAUCCCAACAAGCUAGGCUACGAGCCACUACGAUCACAAAACUUUGAAAAGCGCACGGCGGGUGAUUUGAAAGAAGGCUUCUUCAUUGGCCGCGACCUGCCCCUAGACCACCCCUACCGCCAGCAAAAUCGCAUUCACUGCGGCGAGAACGUCGUGCCUACGGAGCUCGCCUCCCCAUCCACCUUCGCCGAAGUCACAAAGACCUACCACAAGCAAAUGACCGCCCUCGCCGAAUCGAUCCUGUCCAUUAUCGCAGAAACCCUGGGCUUGCCAUCAACAUACUUCGCCCCAUUCACCCACGAAGCCGGCGCCGUGCUCCGCCUGUUGCACUACCCGCCUCAACCAGUCAACAGCGAUCCCAACGAGCGUGGUAUCGGCGCACACACCGACUUCGGCAGCAUCACUAUCCUCAUGCAAGACGAUGUCGGUGGGUUGCAGGUCUUCGACGCGGCAACCAACUCCUGGAUCGACGUGCAACCCACACCUGGUGCACUAGUGGUGAACUUGGGCAACGUGAUGAUGCGCUGGUCGAAUGAUCGGUACAUCAGCAAUCUGCACAGGGUAAUUAACAAGAGUGGUAAGGAGAGGUACAGUGUACCUUUCUUCUACUCGGGAAAGCCGGAUUUCGAAAUCGGGUGCUUGCCUGGCUGCGAGGAUGAGGAUGGGACUUGCAAGUAUGAGCCUGUCACUGUGCAGGGAUGGAUCGCGGCGAGGCAUGCGAAUACGUUUAAGGAGGCCAAGGGAGCCGAGGAGAUCAGUCAGCUGGUGAAGGCCUCGGCGGCUGUGGCAGCAUGA